GCUGCCUCCCGGGGCAGAAUGGCUCAGCCCGGGCCCGAGGCUCCGGACCCCGCUCUCUGCGGCCGCAGGUCCCCGCCAACAGGUGACACCAACUGGGACUCCUAUGCUACCACGAUGAAGACUGCAUACACGCCCAAGACAGGAGCGGCACCUGCUUUGAUUCGCCCAAAAGGUCUCAGAAGAUUAGGAUAUACAUACUCACUUAGUGAUCCUAUUCCCAAUCAGACACUAUACAAUGAUGAGUAUGUCUGGAAAUCAUUUUCUAAAGAAGAUUUGAUCAAAACUGGGACUUCAGGAGGGAUCAAGAGCAACAAAUAUCACCUCAACCAAAAUGUUUUUCAAUGGACACUGCCGCCAGGUCAACCAACGGGGGAACUCGGAAGCUGCCUCUCUUGGAAAAUCCCUGCUUCGAUGCAAGAAGUGAAGAAGGCACUCUCAAAUCAGUUUAUCUCCCUCACUAAGAGAGACUUUGUGGACAGAGUGAAAGCUCAGAAGAUUAAGAAAAGUUCUCAGGUGUCUCUGGACUGGAAGAAGUCACUUCCUCGACCUCUAGACACUGAAUUUCGACGGAAUUACCAAAUUCCAGCGAAAAUUCCCGAGCUUCAGGAUUUCAGUUUCAAAUAUGGAUGUUACUCAACCCUGCCAAUCGCUGCUCAGGGUCUGGUUCCUUCCGUGCUGAGCAGCUACUUAAGACACCAAGAGCGCACAAGGAAGCAGACCACCUACCAAAGUGACUACGAGAAAACCUACCUGGACUUCCUGACGCUUUUAAACUCGUUCACGCCCUCUCAAGUCCAAGAGUACCUCCAGAGUGUUUCCUACAAUGACAGACAAAUUCUUGAUCGCUUUAUUCGUUCUCACUGUGACACUGACAAAGGGAAGAAAUGAAAAAAGGAAGAUAGUCCAAAUGAAGAAAAUCUGAAUAUCAUUGGAACAUAGGACCUACCUAAUCUUUUUCUCAGUAAUCAAGAAAAAUUAAGGUGCAAAUUGCU